CGUGACUUAGGCAGAAGAAGAAACCGGAAGCUGUUAGCAAUGUUAGCUUAUUCAAGUCAAGUAUCAUAGUCCGUCAUUGUUCGGUGCGUGAGGUGAACCUCUGAGGCUCUGCAGCAACAAUGUUUUCAUCUCAGUCUCUGAGAGAGUUUAUCAGAGAGCGGCUAACUGCUGCUGCUGCAGAAAUAUUCUCAGAGUUUGAACAAACCAUCGUCCGCUACGAGGAAGAGAUCGAUCGUCAGCGCAGACUGCUGGAGAUCAGCUGGAAACCACAGAUCAACUUACACAGAAUAGAACUCCCGCUGCAUUAUGUCAGGAGAGAUGAGGAGGUUCUGACUGACCAGCAGCUCUGGAACCAGGAGAGGACCUCCAGUUUGGACCAGGAACAACCAGAACCUUUACAGGAGGAACCAGAACCUCCACAGAUGAAAGUGGAGCAGGAUGAGCCAAAACCUUUACAGAGUCUAGAACAAGAGGAGCUCAGCAUCAGUCAGGAUGAAGAGCAGUUUGUACUGAAGCAGGAGACGGCUACCUCCCUUGUGACUCCUGCUGAUGAGGAAAGAGACCACGAUGAACCAGAACCAGACAGACACCAGCUCCUUUAUUCACUGUUUCCUGAGGCUGAGAACAGAGCUGCUGCUCCUCCAGGGUCAACAGAACUCCCACUGCAUUAUGCCAGGAGAGAUGAGGAGGUUCUGACUGACCAGCAGCUCUGGAACCAGGAGAGGACCUCCAGUUUGGACCAGGAACAACCAGAACCUUUACAGGAGGAACCAGAACCUCCACAGAUGAAAGUGGAGCAGGAUGAGCCAGAACCUUUACAGAUUCUAGAACAAGAGGAGCUCAGCAUCAGUCAGGAUGAAGAGCAGUUUGUACUGAAGCAGGAGACGGUUACCUCCCUUGUGACUCCUGCUGAUGAGGAAAGAGACCACGAUGAACCAGAACCAGACAGACACCAGCUCCUUUUUUCACUGUUUCCUGAGGCUGAGAACAGAGCUGCUGCUCCUCCAGGACCAACAGCCUGUCCAGAACUUCCACAGCAUCAUGUCUGGGAAAAGGAGGUUCUGACUGACCAGCAGCUCUCUAACCAGGAGAAAACCUCCAGAUUGGACCCGAAGGAACCAGAACCUCCACUGAUCAAAGAGGAACAGCAGGAACUCUGUAUCCAUCAGCAUGAAGGGCAGUUCAUUCUGAAGCAGGAAAAUGUUACCUUCAUGGUGACUUCUCCUGAAGAAGCAGUCUGCUGUGAACCAAACAGGAACCAACCCUUGAGUCAGAGUUCUACUGAAGCUGGGCACCGAGAUCAUGAUGGAUGCAGGAAUAAAAACUCAGAACCAAACAACAGUGAAGAACUGUUACAAAAUAAAAGACAGCAGCAAACCAAAGAUCACAGAGACAGUGUAGACAGUCAGAAACUAAAGAAACCCAAGAGAGUUCACAGAGGUACGAGAUCAUUUAAAAUCUGUUCUUUAAGUCAUCAAAUAAGAACUCACACAGGUGAGAAACCAUUUAGAUGUGGUACUUGUGGUAAAUGUUUCUCACUGAAUAGUAUCUUGACAACACACAUGAGAACUCACACAGGUGAGAAACCAUUUAGUUGUGAAACUUGUGGUAAAUGUUUCUCACUGAAUAGUACUUUGACUAAACACAGGAGAACUCACACAGGUGAGAAACCAUUUAGUUGUGAAACUUGUGGUAAAUGUUUCUCACUGAAUAGUACUUUGACAGUACACAUGAGAACUCACACAGGUGAGAAACCAUUUAGAUGUGAAACUUGUUAUAAAUGUUUCCUACGGAAUAGUUCCUUGAUUAAUCACAUGAGAACUCACACAGGUGAGAAACCAUUUAAAUGUGAAACUUGUGGUAAAUGUUUCUCACUGAAUAAUACCUUGACAACACACAUGAGAACUCACACAGGUGAGAAACCAUUUAAAUGUGGAACUUGUGGUAAAUGCUUCUCACUGAAUAGUACCUUGACUAAACACAUGAGAACUCACAAACGUGAGAAACCAUAUCCUUGUAAAACUUGUGGUCAAAGUUUUACUGACAGUAGUCACUUGACAACACACAUGAGAAUUCAUACACGUGAGAAACCAUAUAGAUGUGAAACUUGUUAUAAAUAUUUCUCACAGAGUGGUGACUUGACAACACACAUGAGAACUCACACAGGUGAGAAACCAUUUAGAUGUGAAACUUGUUAUAAAUGUUUCUCACGGAAUAGUUCCUUGACAGAACACAUUAGAACUCACACAGGUGAGAAACCAUUUAAAUGUGAAACCUGUGGGAAAUGUUUCUCUCAGAGUGGUAACUUGACAGCACACAUGAAAACUCAACACUAGUGAGAAAUCUUUUCUAGGUUUGGUCCGUAGAGCGAGAUUCAGCCAAGCAUUUUAUUUAAAGGUAAACUAUGUAAGAAUUGAAUAACAGUGACAUCCUGUGGUCAGAUUUGGUUACUGAAGUUUGUAUGUUUUAACAACCAUGAAAUACUAUCUGUGUUUUCACAAUUAUAAACUACCUUUAAAUGUGUGUGUGUGUGUGUGUGUGUGUGUGUGUGUGAAUGAACAAGAUGUUUAAAUCAAAUGUCUGAAUAACCUGUGCUUAAAUCAAUUAAUUUAAAAGGAAUAUUGUUCUUACAAUGACCCAUUUAUUUCACAAAUCGGUAUGUGUUUGAUUUAACAAGUGAAUCAUUGUCAUUAAGGUUGUAAAUCACCUUACAUAACAGUUUUAAAGAUUCUCAUUCACAAAGUGUUAAAACAUCUUUGUAUCUGAAGAAGGCAUGGCUUUCUGAGGGAUGUUGGUAAAGACUCAAACGUGUCAAAUUCUGAUUUGCCAAACUUGACCAAAACUCAUAACAUUGUGGUUUACUAAAACAAGUAUUCCCCAUAAUUUCAGUUUCUAGCUUACUCUCGAACUGGCCAAUUUGGUAACGAGCAGUUUCGAGACAUCUCUUUUGACAUACAGUCAAAAGCCUCUUUGCGCACUACAAGCUGACACAGCCAAACGGCUCUUUUAAGAGCCAAACAUCCACCUUGGACGCUGACAAGCAUUCCAGCUUCCUGUUGUGACCUGGAGACAUCUCAAGACCGGACAUGUCGUAUCGGAGCUAAUCUAUAGGCUUCGGAUACCUUGGGGUCAAGGUCUGCCCGACUUCUGACAGUCUGGAUCUGCUGGGGGUCUCCACAAGGGUAUUGUAGACACAACAAAUAGCGUCUGAUGACCUUUAUAAAUACGCAACAAAUUCUUUUGCAACCCAGAUUUCACGAGUUCUCUCAGAUACAAAGAAGGUUCAGCUAAAACAUCUAGCUUCCAUCACACCACCUCACAUCUCAUUAUUCAUAUCUUGUCAUGUAUAAAUUAUUACUUUAGGAAUAAGAAUUAAAUUCAUUUUAUAAACUA